AUGUACUUCGAUUGUGGUGCUGGCUUCACUGGGCACGGCCUCCCUGAGCCAGCUGUGGCCCUGCUGCUCCUGAUUUUCUCGGUGGCACUGACCGUUGAGCAGCUUCAAGACAUCCGCGACGUCGACGAGGAUUUGGAGGCGCAAGUUGUCACCCUUCCCACCGGGCUCGGCGCGAGACGGGCGAGGCGGCUGCUGGUGACUUUCCAAGUGGUCGGGAUGGCAGCGCAUCUCCUCGUCAUGUGGUUGGCUCGGCUUCCACUACGACCCCACUUCUUGGGUGUGCACGCUGCUUGCAGUCUCUGUGCCCUGGCGUUCACCCAACGAACCCCUCGCACUCUUUUCCAAGUCGUGCUGGAGCCGCUCUAUGCGCUCCCUUUGUUCAUGACGCUGUUCGUUGCGGCUGCGGGUCGAGCCAUGUAG